AUGGUCAAGCUUACGAUGAGAAUGGUGAAAAGACCCAACUACCCUUCAUUGCUUAUGAGUGUGGUGGUGUUGUUGAUGCUAGUCUCUUCAUGUGUUACAAGAACGAUAAGGUCAUCAAAAGGAGUAGCAAACACACAAUUCUUCAAGACAAUGAGGCCCCGAAUGUCAUCACAUCACAAUGGUGGUGCUGCCACCGCCACCUUCAAUGCCCUUCUUCCCAAGGCGGUGCCAAUACCGCCGUCCGGUCCUUCCCACCACCACAACGCCAUUGGCAUCGACACACUCCAUGAAUGA